UAGCUAUAAUGUUUGUAUAACUUGGGCAAGCAAAUGCUAAGAAAACAUGGAGAGGUUUCCUCCAAUCGAUAUAGACUAGUUACAACCCUUGUGGCAACAAUUACCAAACCAUGCGAAGCCCUAAAAAUAAAUACUUUUCACACAAUUUUUCCUCUCAAUCCUAUUGCCAUCAUGAAGCUCCAAAAAUUGGAUUGCAAAAUAGAUUGCUUUUCAAGCCAAGCAUCUAGGGAAGAGCACAGUUCGAUCUUUGAAGUCCCACGCAUGUCUCGUUUCUAUGGUUCCAUAGGAGCCAACUGGUGGUGCAGAAGAUUUCCAAGCAUGGUCCAUUCAGGUGGUCUAUUAUACGAAUAGUAACAUCAAAGUUUUAGAGACACAUCGGCUAAUUAGAGUAGUUAUUGAGUAGUUCGGCAGCAUUGCUCCUUCAUUUCACAUGAGGGAUGGGUCCUAUAUCUAAUAAAUUUCUGGGUAAUUAUAAGAGGAAUCCUUGAAGGUAGUUUUAAGGUUUUGGGUAGAAAACUUAAUCCAAAAUCUCAAGAAUCAUAUCAGCCCUGAAAAACAUUAAACCAAUCUCUUGGGUUCUCUUUUUCCAGUCAUUGCUUUUGGUUAUAGAACCAAUGAAAUGCUAACAGCUUUUUCAACUGGCUAAUCAUGUGCCCAAUUUGAACCAUGUUACCUGAAAGUUGAAACUCAAAAGCUGUUCCUAGGAGACAUUUCCACCGACUUUGUUCUCGAACAAGGAUACUCUUACUUAAUUUAAUUUGUGUCACGUGUCACGUUCUAAUAGGCAAAAAGACUGACAUGAGACGGCAGCUACGAAAUACGUGUUACAAUCACAGCUUCCCUGUGAAAUAUCUCUCUGGACGAGGACGUGUGUGUUAUUUGCUUUGACAAAAGAGAUAAAUGCAUAGAAAGCAAGCGGCAAAGAGAGAAAAAUUCUAGAACCCAAAAGAGAGAGACUGAACUUGCUAAAAAAGGAAAAGAAAUCCAAAAGAGAGAUGGAAGAUAGUGUUAUAGAAACUGAAAACUUGGUGCAUCCCAUGAAUCUCAGUCCAAAGGGAGGUUCCAAAGUGAGAGAAGAUCAUGAAGAAGAAGAAGAUGAUAAGAAAGAUCACGAAGCUAAAGGAGAAGGAGAAAGGCAAACUGGAUUCAUAAACAAUCUUCUCUCUAAUUUAGUGCCCGGAGGGGAAGCUGAGGAAGAAAAAGAGCAUGAUGAAGAUAGGAGAGGUAGUUUUGGUGAGGAUAAAUCUGAAGAUAAGGGAGUUGGGCUUAUAAGCCGUUAUAUAUCUAACUUGGUCUCUCCCCGAAGUCCAAAAGCAGGGAAAUUUACUGGACAAAGAGUGGAUGAUUUUGAAGUUGAAAAUGUUGGGAGCUCUAAAGUGGAUGAAGAUGUAGGUGGUAGCAGAAAUGGUGGCCAGCUUAAGCAAGGGAAGAUAGAAGAGGAGGAGGGUGGUGGUGGUCAUGGUGGAGGAGGUAUCAUUGACAACCUUGUUUCCCACUUGCCUGCAUCACUAAAAGAUAAUGCGGCUCCCACGGCUGACGAGGCCUCCUUGCUAAUACACUCCAUCAUUCAUGACUAAGAGAAUUACAUUGUGUUUUGUGUCAUUGAUUGUAAGAAAGAAGUGCAAAAUAGAGAGGCUAGAGUAUGGCCAUUCGAUGUGAUUUCUUUUUCAAUUGUUUGGUUUGUUGAGUUCUUAUUUUAAAUGUUACUUGUUUGAAAGUCAUUUUGAAUUUCUGAGGGAUCUUUUUCCCUUUAUUUGUUGUUACUUGUUAGUGUAAAUGGCGCUUGAGAGUUUGAGAUACCUGUUAUUGACA